AUGAACGUGGUGGCGGAGAUCCAGCGCCUGAACGAGCGCGAGCUGGAGCUGAACGUGCCGCUGUCGGCCUCGUGGCACCAGAAGUACCGCGAGUCGGCGUGGGUCUACGUGGGCGGGCUGCCCUUCGAGCUGUCCGAGGGCGACGUGCUGUGCGUGUUGAGCCAGUUCGGCGAGGUCGAGGACAUCCACCUGGUGCGCGACGGCAAGACGGGCAAGCCCAAGGGCUUCGCCUUCCUCAAGUUCGAGGACCAGCGCAGCACCGUGCUGGCCGUGGACAACCUCAACGGCUUCCGGCUGCUGGACCGCGUGCUGCGCGUGGACCACGUGCUCAAGUACAAGCUGCCCAAGGAGCUGCAGGAGGACAGCGACUCGGAGGACGACGAGCAGACGGAGCGCAGGCCGCGCGGGCUGCCGGGCCACGCGUACGAGGGCAAGGAGCUGGCCUCGGACUUCGACCUGCACAAGGGCGUGGACAAGAGGAGGCAGGAGCAGAGGGGCAAGGAGGAGCGGGAGGCCGAGAGCAAGGGCGAUGAAGCAGCGGCGGCGGCGCCCAGUGCCACGGGCUGGAGAGGGAGACUGGAACCUUCGGCCCCACGACCGAGACGCGAUACGGACAGGAAACAGGGCGACGCAACGAGGGACAGACAGGAAGACAAGAGCUUUGGAGGCAUGAGUCGUGUACGCUAA